GCUCAUUGAUCAAAUGUUCUUUUCGGAGCACGCGACGUCGCCCAUUAUCACCUGUCACUUGCACGCAACUGUCAAAUGAUCCUUGCCGCGAACAGCGUCGUCUCCGAAUCCAUUCGCGUCACGUUCGGCCAAUACUUUCGUCCGCCUAAUCGUGGAUGACAUUUGCUCCAAUUUGCCUCGAGAUGAAGGGUCGAAGAGAGUUAUAAGGAAUAUUGCGCUGCAAUCAUGGCUGAGGAAACGUCAACUCAAAAGUUUAUCAAACCUGGGAGUCAUAAGGGCAAAGGCAUCGCCGUGUUCACCAGCGGUGGUGACUCUCAGGGAAUGAAUGCUGCUGUACGAGCCGUUGUAAGGAUGGGCAUUUAUCUCGGGUGCAGGGUAUACUUCAUUAGAGAAGGCUAUCAGGGUAUGGUGGAUGGCGGAAAGAACAUCGAAGAAGCCACAUGGUCGGCCGUGUCUUGCAUCAUCCACAGGGGCGGUACAGUGAUAGGCUCCGCUCGAUCUCAAGAUUUCAGAGAGCGUCCAGGUCGCCGAAAAGCCGCUAAGAACUUGGUUAAUCUGGGUAUAACCAAUCUAGUGGUGAUCGGCGGAGAUGGCUCUCUCACAGGUGCCAAUCUGUUCAGGGAAGAGUGGUCAGAUCUUCUGAAGGAACUCGUUGCGUCUGGAGAAAUAACUGCCGAGCAAAGCGAGAAGUACAAACAACUACACAUUGUUGGACUAGUAGGUUCCAUCGAUAACGAUUUCUGUGGCACAGACAUGACCAUUGGUACCGAUUCCGCGUUGCAUCGUAUCAUUGAAAGCAUAGACGCUAUAGUUAGCACGGCUUACUCUCAUCAGAGAACGUUUAUAAUGGAAGUUAUGGGUCGUCAUUGUGGUUAUCUGGCUCUGGUGACAGCUAUAUGUUGCGAGGCUGAUUAUGUUUUCAUCCCAGAAUGGCCACCCGAGCAGGGGUGGCCCAACAAGCUGUGCAAAAAAUUAUUGCAGGAAAGACUCACCGGUCAACGACUUAAUAUUAUUAUCGUGGCUGAAGGGGCUGUUGACAGAAAUGGUGAUCCGAUUACAGCUGAAAAGGUGCAUAAAGUAGUCGUAGACAAAUUACAGCAGGAUACAAGAAUCACCGUUCUGGGUCAUGUACAAAGAGGUGGCAAUCCUUCAGCCUUCGAUAGAGUUUUGGGAUGCCGGAUGGGAGCGGAAGCUGUGAUGGCUUUAAUGGAGGCAACACCCGAGACAGAAGCGUGUGUUGUCACUUUAGACGGUAAUCAAGCGGUGAGAUUACCACUCAUGGAAUGUGUUCGUCGUACGAAAGCUGUGGCGGAAGCUAUGGCGAAGAAAAACUGGGAUCUUGCUGUUCAACUUCGCGGAAAGGGUUUUGAACGCAACUUGGAAACUUACAAGAUGCUGACUCGUUUGAAAGCUCCGGAUUUAGAUCACGAUGCACUCAAUAAGGAAAUUAGUGGCCGCGCGUUAUCGAAGCAAUACACUUUAUGCGGACAAGAUCAUUACACAGUAGGAGUCAUGCAUAUAGGAUCACCGUCCUGCGGUAUGAACGCAGCGGUUCGCUCUUUCGUGAGAAAUUGCAUCUACCGGGGUGAUAAGGUAUACGGUAUCUGUGACGGAGUGUUAGGUCUCAUGGCUGGUAGAUUAAAAUUGAUGGAUUGGCCUUCUGUCACCGGCUGGGUCUCGGAAGGCGGCGCGAAGCUGGGAACGAAGCGUUCACCGCCUCAGGAGGAUCAGUUGCCCGCAAUUGCUCAAAAAUUGAAAGAAUUUGGAAUACAGGCGCUGCUCAUCAUAGGUGGAUUCGAGGGUUAUCAAACCUGUCUCACAUUUUACAAAGCCAGAGAUAAAUACGAGGAGUUCAGGAUCCCUAUUGCUAUGAUUCCCGCGACCAUUAGCAACAAUGUACCAGGCACUGAAUUUUCAUUGGGCUGCGAUACAGCUUCGAAUGAAAUUACAGAAAUCUGCGAUCGCAUUCGACAAUCGGCGCAAGGUACCAAACGUCGUGUAUUUAUUAUCGAGACGAUGGGUGGUUUUUGCGGAUAUCUAGCGACCAUCGCGGGUCUAGCCGGCGGUGCUGACGCGGCUUAUAUCUACGAAGAGAAAUUCAAUAUUAAAGAUUUGAAUCACGAUGUCAUCGCGAUGGCAGCGAAAAUGUCGGAGGGUGUCGAGAGGGGCCUUAUUAUCAGAAACGAAAACGCCAACGAGAAUUACAAUACGGAGUUUAUGUUCAGACUUUUCAGCGAGGAAGGCAAAGGUUUAUUCAGUUGUAGAAGAAACAUUCUCGGUCAUAUGCAACAAGGUGGCUCGCCGACUCCCUUCGAUCGUAACUUGGGAACGAAGAUGGGUUCUAAGGCAGUUGAAUGGUUCAGCGAUCAGCUGAGAAAAUGCACUGGCCCUGAUGGCAAAACGGUCACUACAGCAGCUGACAGUGCAGUGAUGCUUGGUAUUAUCAGACGUCAAUAUAGAUUUACGCCAUUCACGGAUCUUAUCGAAGUUACGGACUUUGAACAUCGUAUUCCGACGUAUCAAUGGUGGAUGAAGCUGCGUCCACUGCUGAAAGUGCUGGCGAAGCACGAGUCGACGUAUGAGGAGGAAGGCCUUUACAUAACUGUCGAAGAGAUGGACGAACAGAAGGAUCCGCCUCUCGUAUAAUGGCGAAAUCGAUUGUUUAAAACGCCGCGAGAGGUAAUGCGGCAUUGGAAAUGGAUAUUAUUAUUAAUCGUGUGGAAAGUAGUAGGUGUUGAUGAUUCAGAGUAAUCACACAGUAUUGUAUGACAUGAUAAUUUUAUCGCUGCUCGACGAGAGAAACGAGAAUCUUAUAUGCAUAUAUAUUUAUUAGAUCAUGUAUAUCUUUGAAAAAAUUUGAUUGUGUACAUUAUUGGUUCUUAGUAGCGUUUGUGUGCCACGUACGUUAUUUAUUUAAGAUUCGCACGCAAACAUUUUUUAAAUAUAAAUAAUUCGGAUAAUAGAUGUGAUCGAGAAUAUAUAUAGGAACGUACUUUUUCUUUUUGCUCGGAAAUCAUAUUUGUGUCUUGAAUGUUUUCCAACUCAGGUGAGAAAUAGGUACAAAGGCGGUAUCUGUGCAAAGUGCAAAGGUAAGGUAUACUUUAAACGUUUGAGAAAAAAAUAUAAAAGCGGUUGGCAACGAUAUGGUAUUGUUACAGUAUCUUAUAAUAAUGUUAAAAAAUCGCGUUGCGUAACAUUGAUGUAUAGUAUCAAAGAUAAAUUAGAAUCGAGAUAUAUAUUAUAUAUAUAUAUAUAAAAUUUUAGCGUAGUAAAAUAAUAACAAAGUUCAAGUGCUAAAUAACGGGAAAAUUAUUUUUACGAAAAAUAUGCAGAAAACACACAACUAUAAAUUGGAAACUAACGACGUGCAAAAUUUACAUUUGAUAUGCUACUCGAACCUAAUAUUACAUGAACAAGUUUUGCACAUAUAUUUUUAUUAUCAUAGAUUGAACAACUAAAUAGAUUUAUAUUAGCAUAUUUAGCGAAUAGUGAUAUUAUUUAUACAUUUUCGAUGUUUUAGACAUUGUGACAGACUAACAGCAAAUCUUGUGUUUCGAUAUCCCUUUUUCUGUCUGAUUUUUUUUAAAUAUAAUCGCGCGAUAUGAAACGCUUAAUAAAUAUAAUUUUCAAUUGUAGUACUGGAUCGAGAAGUAAAUCAGAUUUCAGAAAUGUUUCAAAGAGUUUCACACAGAUUAAAUAUUCUGAACCGUACUUGUGGUCUACUAAGAUAUAGGAUUAAAAAAAAGUAAUGCGAUAUUUUGCGUCGGUGAAAGUGUUUUAAUCCUUCGGUUUAGCGUUACUCGCGAAGCUAUAAAAAGCUAUUGGAGAAUAUACCUGUCUACCUCAAAACAUAAUUUUGCAACGGUGAACAAACGACUCGCCAGAGAGAAAUUCAUCCGAGUCGCGCGUUAAAGUGUUGCACGUAACGUUAAAAGAAAAAAUUUUCUAAAAUUUAAGAUUUGUGUGACCACAAAGGUAUUUAGAUUUAAUUCUUUUUCUCUCUGUCUCUCUUUCUCCUUCUCUCUCUCUCUCUCUCUCUCUCUCUCUCUCUCUCUCUCUCUCUAUACUCGUAUAUUUAUCUUUCGAGAGAAUCGUGCAAGUAUUAAUCUCGUAAUUGUUUUUUUUUUCGGCGUAUAAUGUAGUCACUACGUGUUCCAGACUCUAGAACCAGAUAACUGCAUUUUCUGGUGUAACCGCUGAAAAUUAUGUCUUGUGCAAACUCUUCUUCUACAUAUUCGUGAAUUUUACUUAAGCGUCGAGAUAAAAAAAAUUACCGACUCGCGUUAUUUUAAUGAAAAAUACGCGAAACAAGAAUCAAACAAAAAAAAAGAAAAAAACUUGUGCGUGAUAAUCUGAUUACGUCAUAAUUUUUUCAACUCGUGAUAUUCACGCGUCAAAAUUGUGGAGCAAAUGACUUUCAUUACGGAGAUGCUGCUUAGCACUCGCAAUGCGACAUGAUAUAAUUUUAAGACUUGGCUUUUAGUAGAUAUCGAUAUUCGAUGCAUGCGCUGCAUAAAAAAAAUGAAUGAUAAAACUUUGAAAGUACAAUGAUACGCGCAAUGAUAUGCGCUUUAUGAUUUACUCGAAUUAGAAUAUUAAUGUAGCUAUAUAUAAAAUAUUGUAUAUGUAAAAGAAGUUAUAUAUAUUCGACAGAUCGUGCUUGUUGAAAGUCGUUACAGAGUAUGUAUAUGAUCUAUUAAUAGCGUACGAUAGAUAAAAUACUUGUUGAAAGGCAACUCGAAUAAUAACAUUAAUACGGCACCUGUUUAAA